CCCACCGCUGCUCACCUGCUCAGCCACUCACCAUUCAGAGCGCAAUGCACUUCUUCAACUACCUCUAGCUUCCUUCAACAUCGCAACGUAGCCAAGGCAGUAAUCAAUCAACACACUUCACACUUUAACCCAUCUUGUUCCGAACAACCUCUCGUUUAUCCACGAAGCUAAUUUCAUACCAUACCAUCCUUUUUUUCUCGUAUGAGCAUUUAGAGUUGGAUUACUACUUUACGGCCUGUCUUCCGUUACCCCCCAGUCCCCGGUUACUGCGUCGUUGAUUCUAUACCGUUAGGAUUGACGAUAAUAAUUCCCUUCCGAUAAGGCAGACCCCGUAAAGUCUCCAUUAUCAAUCGUCGCCUCUGUCUCCCCUCCAUCCCUGUCCGUUUCAACUUCCAUCUCUUCCCAAAGACUCGAGAUAUCUUCAGAUCCCGUUCACUAUCUGUCAUGGCUUCUCGACCAGGGCCCGCAGGUAGGGGUGGUGUGACCGGCCGCUUCGCGCAGUUUAAGUUAGUACUGUUAGGAGAAUCUGCGGUCGGAAAGAGCUCCAUAGUCUUGAGAUUUGUGAAGGAUCAAUUCGACUCGUACCGCGAAUCUACCAUCGGCGCUGCUUUCCUAACACAAACCAUUUCCUUAGAUGAGAAUACUACUGUUAAGUUUGAGAUCUGGGAUACUGCCGGCCAGGAGCGGUACAAGUCUCUUGCGCCCAUGUACUACCGUAAUGCGAACUGCGCCGUCGUUGUCUAUGAUAUCACCCAAUCCGCAUCCCUCGAUAAGGCAAAGGCUUGGGUAAAAGAAUUGCAAAGACAAGCGAACGAGAACAUUAUCAUUGCCCUCGCCGGAAACAAACUGGAUUUAGUUACCGAGCAACCCGAUAAGCGAGCCGUCUCGACUGCUGAUGCUGAGGCAUACGCAAACGAAGCGGGAUUAUUGUUCUUCGAAACUUCGGCUAAGACUGCAGAGAAUGUCCGGGAACUAUUUACCGCCAUCGCGAAGAAGUUGCCGCUCGAUCAAGUCGGUCCCCGACAUACUAGACCUGGACAGCGACCGGGAGGCGUCAGCUUAGCUCCGGAGGGUGCAAAUACACAAUCAGGAGGGCCUUGCGCGUGUUAGAGGCAGUUCUGGGAGCUACUGGAUACUAUCUGGACCUGGUACGGCACUAUCGAGACCUGGUACAGCGAAUUCCCUCGUAUCAUACUGAUCUAUUUAGUACUGGGCCACCUGCUCAGCGCUCUAACUGUAUUCUCAAGCAUGAUGUUGUUGAGAUCAUGCAGCGCUCGAGUAGGAGCACUUCACCAGGCUCUGCAAUUCUAUCAGGCUCUGGAGAACUGUUCGCGCCAAACUACUAUCCAGAUCCAGCCUAAAAUAGAGACUGGAGGUAUUUAAGAAGCAUGAAGAUAGGCGCGAGAUGCUCAAGUGUAUAUUUCAUUGGGAGUUUCUUGGCAGGAGGGCAUACAUCGUUUUUUUUAAUACCUGAUUUUUUGUUGGUCGAGUUCUCAAGGUACAGGCUUGGCUGCUAGAUGCAUUGCAGUCGGUCAUGAGCUAGAGGUACGUAUGCGUGUGGUUUAAGACGAUCUUAGGACUGAGACUGAACGUUGCCGAGCUACUACGUAUAUAGCUCGACGAGUAAUGCAAUAGAGUAACAUUUCUUCACGACGAGACGAGAUAUGCUAUGCUAUUAAAUCAGCUUUAAUGAGAUAUUUGCAUUGUGGUUUAUA